ACCAGGUAACCCCUCUCUUUCUUGCCGUAGCACCACACCGGAGCAGCACCGGCGAGCAAGGGAGCGUGCGGGCGGCGGAGUGGCGCUGCGGAGAGGUGUCUGUGUGGAUUAGUUUGAUGGCGAUCCACCUGCUGGCGUUCGUGGCGGCCAAGGGCUUCCUGCAGGUCUUCCAGGUCUCGGCGCCGCUGCUGUGGCCGCUCAACCUCUUCCUGCCGCUCCUCCGCAACCUUCCCCAGGCCUACGUCGUCGUCUGCGGCGCGCUCGCCGCACACGUCGCCUGGCUGCGCCGCGCGUACGCACGCCGCGGAUCCCGAAGCCGCGACGACGAGGAGGAGGCACACCGCCAGUCGAUGGUCGACAUCGCGUAGUGAGAUGUUUUUAGUUUCUUCUUUCGCUGCAUGCUUGAUCACUGUAUUUUGGUUGUAACAUUGAUCUGAAAAUACAAGUAAAUUCUACUAUAACCACGGAUUCUGGCGGGAUUAUUCGCCAUGGUAAUUCAACGGUGUGGUAUGCUGCAUUCAU